AUGGCUACUGAGACGUUCGAAGAUAUUAAACUAGAAGAUAUUCCUGUCGACGAUAUUGAUUUUUCCGAUCUGGAAGAACAAUACAAGAUUACGGAAGAAUUCAAUUUCGAUCAAUACAUAGUCGUAAAUGGUGCCCCAGUCAUUCCAUCUUCCAAAGUUCCUGUUUUGAAAAAAGCUUUGACUUCUUUGUUUUCUAAAGCUGGUAAAGUCGUUAAUAUGGACUUCCCAAUUGACGAGAGUACCGGUAAAACAAAAGGUUUUCUUUUCGUAGAAUGUGGAUCUAUUAACGACGCUAAGAAAAUUAUCAAAAGUUUCCAUGGUAAAAGAUUGGAUUUGAAACAUCGUUUAUUCCUUUAUACCAUGAAAGAUGUUGAAAGGUAUAAUUCUGACGACUUCGACGCUGACUUCAGGGAACCGGAUAUGCCAACAUUCGUUCCAUCUAGUUCCUUGAAAUCCUGGUUAAUGGAUGAUAAAGUGAGAGAUCAAUUUGUAUUACAAGAUGACGUGAAAACAAGUGUUUUUUGGAACUCGAUUUUCAACGAAGAAGAUUCUUUAGUAGAAUCUAGAGAAAACUGGUCUACUAAUUAUGUCAGAUUCUCUCCAAAGGGUACCUACUUGUUUUCUUACCAUCAACAAGGUGUUACUGCAUGGGGUGGUCCAAAUUUUGAUCGUUUGAGAAGAUUCUAUCACCCAGACGUAAGAAAUUCCUCUGUUUCUCCAAAUGAGAAAUACUUGGUCACUUUCUCGACCGAAGCAAUUAUUGUAGAAGAAGAUAACGAAUUCUCACCAUUUACCAAGAAAAAUGAGGGUCAUCAAUUAUGCAUUUGGGAUAUUGCUUCCGGUUUGUUGAUGGCGACUUUCCCAGUGAUUAAGAGCCCAUAUCUGAAGUGGCCUUUAGUCAGAUGGUCUUACAAUGAUAAAUAUUGUGCUCGUAUGGUCAAAGAUAGCUUAGUAGUCCAUGACGCUACCAAAAACUUUAUGCCACUGGAAGCCAAGGCUUUGAAACCUUCUGGCAUCAGGGAUUUCUCAUUUGCUCCAGAAGGUGUCAAGUUACAACCAUUCAGAAGUGGUGACGAGCCUUCUGUUCUAUUGGCUUACUGGACUCCAGAAACCAAUAACUCCGCUUGUACCGCUACGAUUGUUGAAGUUCCACGUGGGAGAGUACUAAAGACCGUUAACUUAGUCCAGGUAUCUAACGUAACUUUACAUUGGCAAAGCCAGGCUGAAUUCCUGUGCUUCAAUGUGGAACGUCAUACUAAAUCUGGUAAGACUCAAUUCAGUAAUCUGCAAAUUUGUAGAUUGACCGAAAGAGAUAUUCCAGUUGAAAAAGUUGAACUGAAGGAUAGUGUCUUUGAGUUUGGUUGGGAACCUCACGGAAAUAGAUUUGUUACAAUUUCUGUUCAUGAGGUUGCUGAUAUGAACUAUGCUAUCCCAGCCAAUACAAUCAGAUUUUACGCCCCAGAAACUAAAGAAAAGACUGCGAAGAACGUUAUCAAGAGAUGGACUUUGGUUAAAGAAAUUCCAAAAACCUUUGCCAAUACCGUUUCUUGGUCUCCAGCAGGCAGAUUUGUCGUUGUUGGUGCGUUAGUAGGUCCGAACAUGCGUAGAUCAGACUUACAGUUUUACGAUAUGGACUACCCGGGCGAAAAGAAUAUCAACGACAACAAUGACGUGUCAGCCUCUUUGAAAGAUGUCGCCCAUCCUUCUUACUCUGCGGCCACAAAUAUCACUUGGGACCCAUCCGGAAGAUAUGUUACAGCAUGGUCAAGUUCUUUGAAGCACAAGGUGGAGCAUGGUUACAAAAUUUUCAACAUUGCCGGUAAUUUAGUUAAAGAAGACGUCAUUGGUGGGUUCAAGAAUUUUGCCUGGAGACCAAGACCUGCCUCCAUCUUACCUAAUGCUGAGAGGAAAAAGGUCAAAAAGAAUCUGAGAGAAUGGUCUGCCCAGUUCGAAGAGCAAGACGCCAUGGAAGCUGACACUGCCAUGAGAGAUUUGAUUUUACAUCAACGUGAAUUAUUAAAACAAUGGACUGAAUAUAGAGAAAAGAUUGGACAAGAAAUGAAAGAAUCUAUGAAUUUCGAGAUAUUUGAUGUCCAACCGGAAGAUGCCAGCGAUGACUUCACCACUAUCGAAGAGAUAGUUGAGGAGGUUUUGGAAGAAACCAAGGAAAAAGUUGAGUAG